GGUUCCGUGUUUUAGCAACACCAAAACUAAAUGUUUCUGUGCGUUGUGAAAUACUCAAACUGAAACUUGUUAAUGACAGUUUGUCAAGCUAACAGUUGCACAACACACAGUGCAUGGUAAGUAUACAUCAGCUAGCUCUUAUAUGUACAAUAUAAUGCAAUAUACACUAAAAUAGUCAGCUUAGGAUAUUUGUUGUGGCUCGAAGAGGCGCAAAUGGGGUAUAUGCCUUGGAGAGGGACGUAGGGGCUCUUCAUGAAUUUUUUUUGUCUAACAAAAUUUGACACCAUCUUUUCUAUAUCUAUAUUUGUAAAUAUAAAAUAGGGUCAAUUCGUGACGAGCCACUGUGAUGCGGAGGGGAAAAAAAACUAUUUGAAGAUGAGAUUCUAAAGAGUAUUUUAAUUUUUUUAAUAUUUAGAUCUACAUGUAAAAGUUAAUUUUUUUUACAGUAUAGGCUAGCUUAGAUAAUGCUCAAUAUAUUUUUAAUAUUCAGACACUUGAAUAAUGUUUUACUCUAGGUGCAUGUCGGGGAGGGGGGGUUAUCAUAAAUUCUGUAUUCAUUUGUCCAUCUUUAUUUAAUUUAGCUUAAAUUGCUCUGGAUUUGAUGUUCUGUCAGAUUUACUUUUACCAAAAUGGAAGAAGACACCACAGGACUUAAAACAUUAAUAUCACAUCGAAGGCAUCGCCCAUCAUACACAAGGGUAAUUUCGCAAGAAUUUAGCCAAGAAAGUGUAGCUCAAGAAAAGAGAGGAAAGAGGAAAGGCCAACAACACUCCAGUAAAUCAACAAAGCUGUCUGAUUCCUUUAAUUCAUCUGCUAGUGAGACAGAGAACAUUAAUCAGGAGGACAAUGGCGUUUUUGAUGAUGAAAAUGACAAUACAGAUGAUAGUGAAUAUUUUUCUGCUGAGGAAAAUCCUGUUCCGGAUGAUAAUACGAACCUAAUUAACUGUAAUGUUUCACCAUCACUGUGUACUUCAAAUUCAUCUAGUGAAGGGGAUUUAGAAGCAUCCAUAAAAGAUAUAAAUAGAUAUGAAAAUAAUGAUAGUUUGUACACCGUGAUAGAUAAAAGUGCACAUGGAAUUCAUAAAAGAGCUCCAAGCAAAAAACAGAAAAGAAAAAGAAGAGAGUUAAAGGCUAGUAACUCAACCUGUCUCCUCCGAGAGCUCCCUUUUUAUGAUGUGGGUGGAGUGGAAGACCCGGGAAGUGUUCAUAUAGACAAAGAAAUCCCCUCCUUAUAUACUAUGUGUGUGAAAGUGUUGACGAAAAAUUCAAGAAAACUGCAUAAACGUUUCAUAAUUCCACGCAGUAUAAGACAAGACAUUGGAAAAGAGGCUUUAUUUCACAAUGAGAAAGUAAUCGGGCUUAAUAAAUAUCUAGCCAAAUUUGAAGAAAUGCAUUCCAAGUACAGUGAUCUGAAUGUUCCCACCAGAACUGUGUGGAAUUGUAGGCCCCGCUUCUGUAAUCAGUAUAGGGUGGGGAGGGCAGACGACUUUCCUAAAGGGGACAGGAAAAUCAGCUGUCUGCCUGUGAUUAACCUCUGCGCCUUCAGUGAAUGUUACGACAGUAACUACAUAAUUAAUCAUGUGAUGUGUGUUCUUAGCAGCUUAUUGCAUUUAACAUUGCCUUACCCUGACCCGUGUAAGGGCAAGCUCACAUUAAACAGAAAGAAAAGGGAAUUCUCCACUUCUUAUGAGAGAGCUGUAGAAAAUGCCACUGUGCUGCUGAGAAAGAGUUAUCCUGAAACUAUGAAGAUGUUGUAUGACAAAGUUCUGCCGUAUGUUUUCUGGGCAAGAGGUGAUGUUAACAGAGCAAAGGAAGGUUUUUUUCAUCUGAUCAGUACCAGCAAAAAACCCAGAUAUAAAGCUCUGUAUGUGUAUGAGAUGGGGAGAAUGCUGCGAUUCUUUGAAGACCCUACUCAGGUGAACUUGGGAAGCAUUUCUGAAAUCUCAGAGAAUUUGGUCUCCAAACAAUAUUAUUGCCGAACUGAAGUGGAACAGGAAAUAUCCAAACAAACAUCUCUACUGAAGGCCAAUUUGUAUGACCAAGGAGUGCUAACAAUUGAGAAAGCUGGACAAGCAGCAGAGAUGUGGACCCAUUCUAUCCAUGCAUUGCCUGCCUGGGGUAUUGACAGCUGGGAGCAGUUCUAUUUCAUGGACUCGUUGCUGUGUUACCACGCCAGCACACAAUUUGAGAUGGGAGUUGAUUGGCUGAAACAUACCAAAGAGAGGCUGGAGCCUCUAUGUGGAGUUUAUCCAGAUCUGUAUAUUUUCCUGUCCAUGUUGUACGCCAUGCAGAAAAAUGAAAGGAGAUCACGAAACACCUUCCUAGAGUUCCAUAAGCAUGAGUCUGCCCUAAAUAUUGACAGCAUAUCAGACUUUCCAUGGAUGGGUCUGAUGGAGGCUGUGAAGCAAUCACCAUCUUUCCGACCCCUCAGAGUCCUUUGGAGAACCCAGCUGAAUCCCCCAAAGUUCAGUGUCCGGAGGUUUAAUCGGGAUAGUGGGUCAAAUACAGUGGACUUUGCAGAAGAUUGUGAACCUACAGAGGCAGAUAUCAGUGGUCAUGACCUUAACCUACAUUUGACCCCUGAAGGUCAACUGACAGGUGAUUUGCAGAUUUCACUUCCUCCACUACAAUCAGUUCUCCUUAAUCCCUACACUGGGUCGGUGCAUUUACCUGCAGCAGAAAAAGUGACAAUCCUGAGAAACUUUCACUCUGUCCCAAACUACGUUUUCCUUUCUUCAUAUAACAAAUAUUGCUUUUCCCAACCAGUCCCAGCACCAAUGGAGAUUUAUCGUGGUCAAAAUGGCACUGUCCAGAUGAUUUUCCCAGGUAACUUCAAGGGCAUUCCUGCUAAAAAUGUCCUCAAACUGUUCUGGGAGGGAACAAAUGGAGAGAGGGCAAGGAUCAACCUGGCCUCCCAACUCCGGGACCAUACCUAUCAGAGAGCGAAGGACUCGGUGAAGUCAUUAGGUGCUGAUGACCAGAUAAAAACUUGUAUGUUGGAAGUCCUUAGACUGUGUUACAGCAAUGGGUACAGGAUUCCACUCGAGAACUUCAUGACAACAAGUUUGUUACUCCAAUGUGUGCGAGAUGCCUACAAUGACUGCCAAAAAAAGACAAAAGGAAGCCAACAGAACAAGACAGCUCCUAGUGCUAUGAAAAUUUUGCAGGAAAAGUUUAAAGAGUCAUCAUGUCUUAAGCUCUAUGAACCCCCACUAGUAUUCGGAGAGGACAUUUUGUUCCGAUUUAUGGUGGAUGAAAUAAAAUCUUACGAACAUUUAGUGGUAAUUCAUACUGAAAACAGGAAAGAUUUCAAGCAUCCAACAAUACUGAUGAGAUACAUGAAUGGUGUCACCUCACAAUUUCCAGACGGAAUAUCAAAGUCUGCAGAGUGUUUCUACCUAAGUCAGGCCAAUGGUGGUGACAGCCAUCAGAAUAUCGUGGUGUUCGACAGAAAGCUAUAUCAGGUGGAUAGAAUUGAUACUGCCAUACUGCAACCAAUCAAGCAAGAUACUCAUAUUCCGGUCAUCAUCAGGAGGUCCGUGUUUGCCAUAAAUGCCUCACACUGUCUGUACAGUGUAAGUAAUCAGAUCGAGUCUUUUGCGGAACAUCUGGAUCCGAUCCAUCGACUGACCUUCCUGGGGGAUAUGUUAGUUAUGGUUACUGUCACUGGAUAUCUGCUAUUUGUUGAAAGUCUAUCACUUCUGCCAAUCAAUGUAAUUGUUCAUCCACGGGCAUUUUCCUUGAUACUGGACAAUUUGUACAUCUUUGAAAUCUGCAAUUAUCUCAAAGUUCUGGGAGAGAAGUCAUUCCAUGAUGACAACAAUCAAGAGUAUAUGAGGGCAGCCAUUGCUCUGGACAGUAAACUUAUCAUCAUUAAAACCCAACUCAAUAUAUAUGGUGUAGACGUAGAAGAUAUAUCGCCUGUCACAGUUACCUCCUCAGUAGCCUUGUCUGGCCAGGCAAAGGACCUCUGCUUCCUCAGUGAAUCGGCUGGUUACCUUGUGUCAGCCUCCAUCUUUGAUAACAAACAAACACUGUACAGAGAAAAUCUCUUCCAUUACAACCAUGGGGGUCAACUCCUGGGCGUUGUCCUGUCACUGGGACCAGGACCAAGGUCCAUGUUCCCUGUUUAUCUCCCUGCGAACUCAGAUUUAAGUGCCAAUAACAGUCAUCUUGGACGCAAAGGCUGGCAUGUCUACAUGCGUGAUGGUCAUGAUGGAAUUAUUUGUGUAUACUUGGGUGAUGUUGCAUAUAGCGAGCUGUCUUAAAUAAUGGUGAUAUUGAAUAGAGUGGUUACACUUCCGAACUGUGAUAUAUAAUGAUGAUAAUGAAUGGAGUGUUUACACUUAUGGACUGUGGUAAAUAAUGAUAUCGAAUGGAGUGUUUACACUUAUGGACUGUGAUAAAUAAUGAUAUCGAAUGGAGUGUUUACACUUAUGGACUGUGAUAAAUAAUGAUAUCGAAUGGAGUGUUUACACCUAUGGACUGUGAUAAAUAAUGAUGAUAUUGAA